AUGGCCCCAUCAAUCCGACAGUCCAGCAACAUUUUCUUAGCCAUUGUCGGCUUUUUACUCAGCAGCAUCAUCCUCUGCGACGCUGCUCCUCUCACCUCUCGUAUCCAGUCAAGAAGCUAUUCCAACAAUACCCUGAGCUCCAACACGACCACCCCGACCGGUCCUCUAUCUGCCGGGUCCAGCCCAAUCACGACCGGCAUCCCGUCGAGCCAACCCUUGGCCACCAUCUUCCCUGACUAUACCUCACAAUACAAUGCCAGAAAUGGCGCCGUUGACUUCCACACCACGCGAGGUCUAGUUUCGCGCUCGCCAACCAACGGUGGCGCCGACAUCACCACCUUGGUCACCUUUGCUGUCGACAGCCGAUACAGCUCCAAUAUGUGCCAGCUGGUGUUCGAUCUGGAGGACUCCAGCUCCUCGGCCUCCGGCUCACUGAAGGCCCAGCUCUUUACCUCUCUGGCCCCUGCCACCGCCGACACGGAGACGUGGCCCAGCGGCAACCUCCGCGACCAGCCCCUUGGCUCCAUUGACAUUGUUGCCGGAGGACGCGCCACAUGGGAAAAGGGCUCUGGGCCCGGCGCCACUGCCGAUGGUCUCAUUCCUUGCAGUACCAUAGCAGGAAAGAUCUACGGCGGUGAGAUCGUCCCCCAGGGCGACAGCCUUGCGGUCUCCUGGCCCGCUGGACAAGAUGGUAUCAAAAUCAUCGUCUGGUAG